AUGAUACUGGCACAAGAAAACCAGCAAGCGGGCCUCAGCCGAAGAGCUCCCAUCGAGGCGGUGCCAGAAUUGCCAGGAUCGCCUGGACCGGUGAAUCCGGCAGAGCCGUUGCCAGUGGAUCCGGCAGAGCCGGAGGAUGCGUCUUAUCUUGACGAUUGCGACAGCUUGUCGGAUGAUCACGGCAGCGAAGGGAACACGGGCCGAUGUUUCGAGCAAAUGUCGCUCGUCGAUGGCAUCCGUUUGGAGGCUCCACCAACGGUUCAACAGUUCACCCUGACGUUGUCAGUUGAUGGAUUGCCGCUUCACAAGAGCGGGGCCAUGCAGUUUUGGCCAGUGCUCUUUGCCAUCGACGAGUUGCCGGCAGCAAUCUAUAGUGGGUUCACAAAGCCCACUAGCCUGGAUCAGUACCUGCGCCCUGUAGUCGACGAAUUGAACGGCCUUAUGCGGGAUGGUAUGUUCAUCCACGGGCAGCACAUCGCCGUUAAGGUUCGUGCUAUUGUCGCCGACACUCCUGCCAGGGCGUUCCUGAAAGGCGUUGUUGGUCACACGGGCUACUGGAGUUGCCAAAAGUACACGGUUCGGGGCGAAUACAACCGGCAGGCCAACACGAUGGUGUUUCCCUUCGAGUGA